UACUAGAUAGUAAACUCGGUGGUAGUAAACUUACUGUCAACGCGAGUUCUGAUUGGCUACUUUCGGCUUCUCUGUUUUCUGCUUUCCUGCCAAGGUGUGAAAAAGGGAUCUGUGUUUUUUAUCUUGAUUGAAAUGGUUUAUGGCCAUCUAGGACUAGAAGCACCUUUCCGAUUUCCGUCUGUACACUUGGCGACAUUUUCCUUACAAAAUUCAACAUCAUCGACGAACAGACGAUUAUUUCGUCGUUUUGACGUCAUUUGAGGAAUUCAUUUUAUUCAUCAGAAUGUCAACAUUUCUCGGACUUGUCGAAGAAAUACCAGGCAUCUCGGUGGAUCGUUUUGACGGAAAGAAUUUGAACUCUUCUGCAUAUUUUCUUAGUCAUUGUCACACCGAUCAUAUGCGAGGCUUAGAUUAUGAAUUUUUCGAACAUUUGCAACAAUGCCAUAAAUAUCUUUAUUGCAGUCACAUUAGUAAAGUUAUUUUAAAAACUAAAUAUUCCAAUAUAAUUGAAAGCUGUGUAAAAGAUCUUGCUGUUGAUAAGAAAGUCCUAGUUAAUAAAAGCAGAGAUAAUGAUGAAAAGACUGACAUUCUUUUUGUAACAUGUAUUUCUGCUGGACAUUGUCCUGGCUCUGUAAUGUUUCUCUUUGAACAGAUGGAUAAAGUAGUAUUAUACACUGGAGAUUUCAGAAUUAAUCCAAUAGAUUAUAAAAAGAUAGCGCCAUUACAUUCAUAUCAAAAUUUUAAUAAGCUUCCGAAGGAGCUAACAAAAAUGUAUUUAGAUACAACAUUUUUGGAUACUAAUUUUGCUUAUUUUCCAACAAGAGAGGAGUCCAUAAAUGUGAUGUGUAAAGUUGUCAAGAAUUGGCUAGAAAAAAAUCCAAUAAAUGUUGUUGUUUUAGAAUGUUCCGCUCUGUAUGGCUCAGAGUUUCUCUAUAUAGAAUUAUCAAAAUUAUUGAAAACACCUAUUCACAUUAAGGAUUGUGUGUACAAAACCUAUUGUCGUAUCCAAGCCAUGGAACAUCAUAUUACGUGUGAUGCACAGGCUACAUCUAUACAUGCUUGUAUGAAUAAGUUUGAUCGUUCAGGUUUGAAGUGUCGUAGUGAAGUUUUAGAUGAGAACAUUUUAACUAUUGUACCGUCUGUAUUAAAAUGGAGGAAAAAAGAUACAAGUGUAAUUGGAGAGUGGGAUGAUAUUAAGGAAAGAACAUUUAAUGUAUGUUAUUCUACACAUGCAUCUUAUGACGAGCUUAAGAAAUUUAUACAAUACUUUAAGCCAAAAGAAAUACAUGCUUGUGUUUGCUCAGAAGAAUUGAAACAUGUAACAUAUCGUUUAUUAGAUGAUAUUAAAAAAGAAAUUGAAACAAACGAGAACGAUGCAAUUAGAAAUCGUGAAACAUAUUCAUUACAAGUACUUAAACGUGACGAUAUAAAUAAACCGUGGCUUAAUGAUUAUUAUUCUAAUAAUUUUCUCUAAUUGUGUUAAUUUUUAAUGUUUUUAUAUUAUCAGUAUUAUCAUAAGGUGAUACAUAUAUUGUUUUCAGUGUUGUAUUUAAAUAAUUUUAAAAUU